AGUAGUUUAAAUAUUAUAAAUAUUUAAAAUAAUAAAUAGUUUAAAUUACCAUUUACAUUUUCAUCUAAGAGUCUUAAUUAUAUUUAAACUAUUUUGAGACCAUAAUACAUAUUCAUAUUCUACCCUUAUAAGAAGUGUUUGUAAUUAUAGUAACCCCAUUCUGAUUCAUUAUUCAUUUGUUUACCCCCAUUUUUAAAUACUUCUCAUCGCCCCGGUUUCUCUAUCCCAAAAAAUGAAUACUGUUCUCAAAAUCCAGAGAAAAAUUCAAAAUUCAGUCCAACUUCAAACCCAAAUUUACAAAGAACAAAUCACGGAGCUCCAGAAACAGCUUGGUGGCAAACCGACUACAGCAGCUGAGCCGGAUCUUUUAGUCAGAGAAACAGAAACGACAGUCCAGCUGAACAUCGAAAUCGAUCGUCUGAAGGCAGAAAUUCUCGAAAAAGACCAGAAGCUGCACCUGACUGACGAGCUCAAACAGUCGCUGGAAGAUGAGGUCAGUAAGCUGCACGAGCGAUUGGCCGAGACGGAGAAGAAUUUGGACAUCAAGGUGUCCAGCUACAACAUCAGCGAGCAGUGCCUUAAGGAGAAGAUCACCUAUUUGGAGGGUCGGGUCGAUGAGCUGGAAGUUGAGUUGACCACUAAAGAUGCCGAUCUGGAGAAGCAAUAUCUGGAGCUGAAAAAUGCCGAAAGUAAUCUGGAUGAGGAGAUCUCUCACCUGCAGAGCGAUCUUAAAAACAAGGGAGAGCUAUUAGGGGAGCGAGAAAAACAGGUGGAGAAACUCACGGAAGAAGUUCAAACGCUACUGGCAGAUAUUCGACAAAGAGAUGUCAAACUGUUGAAAGGUGAGAGUGGGUUGAAGACGGUUCUCGAAGAGAAAGAUAGCACAAUUGGAAGGCUAAACAAAGAACUAGAGCAGUUGAAAACAAAAGAGAAACUAUCUGAAGAAAGUCUCUCUGCCAAGGAGAAGCUACUCUCGGAUCUAACAGCCAAAUUGGUUAGCACGGAAGAACAGGUUAAGCAGCAUGAAAAUCAACUCAAGGAGGUUUCAAAUAAGGCUCAAUCACUUGAGGAGAGUUUGGGCGGGAAAGAGAAGCUACUAGCAGACAAAGAAGCUGCGCUUGCUAAAAUACAGGAUGAUUUGAAGAACAGCUCCGCAGGAAGUGAGCAACAGCAGGUGCUCUUGCGUUCGAAGGAAUCCGAGCUGGAACAAAAACAACAAGAGAUUGAUUCCAAACAAUACAAAAUCAAAACCCUGGAAACGUCUCUCGCCGAGUUGACUAAAAAACUUGAAGACAUCAUUCAAGAGAACAACGAUAGACAAACAAAGCAUCAAGAAGCUCUUGAAUUUGAGGCAAAAUCCAAGCAAGAACUGUGCAAAAAACUUGCCAAUUAUGAGACUGAACAACUUGCCAAAGAUAAACAGAUGGAAGAGAGUGAAAUACUUGUUAGCGCUCUCCAAAGUGAACUCAAAGAACUCAACGCGGCCAAAGCUAGUCUAGCGAAAGAGCUGGAAGAAACGCGAAACAGCUUUGCUGAUCGUGGAAGCACCCUAGGAAAACUGACUGAGGAGCGAUCUCUCCUCAGUGAACAGCUCGAAAAACUGAAAACGGAAUCAGCGGGUGCUGUAGCUCUCCUAGAAGAACGCCUGAAAAAUGCUCAAAAAACUCACGAAGAACAACUUGCCAAACGAGACCAGGAGCUAGAAAAACAAAUUGCCACCAAAGAGAACACUAUCUCUGAAUUGGAAACAUCUUUGGAAAAACUACGCCAAGACACCGUUGAACUCCGGAUGCAACUCGAACAAUCCAAUUCGACUGGAAAAUCUACUUCCGAUGAACUGAAUGCCAAAUCCACAACCAUCAAGGAGCUCAACAAGCAACUAGAAACGCUCAAAUCAGAACUUUCCACAAAAGCUGAUCAAAACGAAAAACUCAAUCAAAGCCUUCGGGACACUCAAAGCAAGCUGCAAACAAACGAAGAGGAACUCGCUCGUCAGCAAGAGACAAACGGUAAACUAGAGAUCGAACACGCCGAUCUCAAACGUAAAAUGGAAGCACUGGAACAGAAAACAACCCAGUUGCAGCAGCAAAAAUCAGAUCUGGUGAAGGAAAUCGACGCUCUGCGCUCGACAACUUUAGAUUCCAAUUCGGAACUGGCAAAGACUUCCGAUGAACUUAAAUCUAAGCAAAAAGCCUUGGAGGAGCUGCGAGAUUUGUUCGAUUCCACGAAAAUCGACAUGGAACGACGACUGGACGAAACGAAUCAAACGAAUGCUGGUUUAAGCGAGCAGAUCGAACGACUGCGGAACGAAAUGCAGCAGAUUUCUAGUCAGAAGAUUGAUCGAGAGAACGAGCUUAAUGUUGAACUGGCGAAGAUCAAGGAAACGGCUGAGGUGGAGAAAGAGAAUUUGGUACAGGAAAUAGCCGGUUUGAAGGCAAGCUUCGAGGAAGAGAGGAAUCGGCUGCUGAAGGAAGCCAGCGAAAAGGUGGCUGAGUUCGAAAAAAUGAAAGAAGAAUUCAGCAAAACCAAAGUGGAAUUCGAAAAUUUGGUUAAAGAGUUGAACGGAAAAUUGGAUGGUUUGAAAGAGUCGUCUGGAAAAGAGCGUCAAGAAUUAGAAGAUAAGUUGCGAGAGCACAGUAUUGCGGAAGAAAAUUUGAAAGUACAACUGGAACAGUUAAAAAAAGAGGAGCAAUCGCUGAGAGGCUCACUGGCGGAGUUGAGACAAUCGAUGGAGAAAGGCAGUCACGAGUUGUCGGAACAGUUGGAUACCAAAAACACCAAAAUUACUGAGCUCGAAAAGGAUCUCAGCUCCUUGCGAGAGCAACUCGGUAAAAAAGAGCAGGAGUGCAAUGAAUCUGCACAGAAGCUAGAACAAAACGCUCUAUCGCAAUCGGAUCUUUUGAAACAACUCGAAGGUUUCCUGGAGCAAAUACAACAACUCACGAGCUCGAAACAAGAAACUGAAACCUCUCUUAAAGCUCUCUCUGAAGAGAUAAAUGCGUUAAAAGAGAAAUACACUGAGAUGGAAGAGGAACAAGUGGAUUUGGUUGAUCGUGAGCAAACACUUCAACGGAAAGCGGCGCUCUACGAAGAACAACUCGCGGAAGCUCAAACUCAGUUAGAAAGUCAGAAAGAAGAGCUGACAGUGAAGUCUACUGAACUCUCGGAAACGAAUGAGAAACUUGGAACAGUUCAGGCUCAAUUGGACCAGGAAAGUGCCCGCUUAAGCGGCGUCGUUUCUGAACAAGAGAAGCAAAUUCUUCAGUUGAAUACUAUGUUGGCAGAAUUGUCACCCCUGGUAGAGCAGCUACAAAAAGCGGAAGCCAAAUUAAACGAACAAGAGCAACUGAUCAAGCAGAAACAGGAAAAUGAACAGAAGCAGGGUGUUGAGCAAGAAUCGCUGCAGAAAGCAAUGCAAGAACGGAAUGAGACUCUGACGCAGAAGGAUUCGGAAAUAAAACAGCUUCGCGAGGGUCUUAAUUUGAAGAACUCAGAAAUUCAAGAGCUGACCAAUAAACUUCAAACAGUAGACAAGAGUCUCGCUGAAAAGUCAGAACAAAAUACGAAAUCUUCGGCAGAAGCUAACAGUUUGCGAGAAGAGUUGGAGAAAUCCAAACAAGCAGCAAAGGAACAAGACGACAAACUCAAAGAACAAAGUAGAAAACUUCACGAGCUAGAAACAAAACUCAGUGCCCAGACUUCUCAAUUCGAUGAACUGUUGAACAAGAAGAAGUCUUCCGAAACGGAAAGUUCACAGAAACUGCACGAACUGAACCAGAAGCUACUUGACCUGGAAAGCAUCAAACAACAGGAAGUAACCAAAUUAGAAGCGAGACUUGCCGAAACCGUCACCAGGUUGGAAAAGGAAGCCGCCGAAUCCGCAAAGUUCGUCGGAGAAAUGCGAUCCGUCGAAAAGCGGCAGCAAGACCUCGACUGCAUUAGGCAGGAACUCGAACUGAAGGAGACCGAGAUGCAAAUUUCGAGCCGAAAACUGCACAAAGAGGUCGAGCUGCUUCGGUCCCAGUUACAAUCGAAAGACAGUGAAAUUCGCAGGCUAUCACAAGAGCUCGUCAAUGCAGCUUCUCAGAAAUCUGUGCAAACGACUGCUUUUGCCAUCGCAGAUGGAGACGAAGAUACGACAGCACAAAUCAGCUUCCUUAACUCGAUCAUUGCCGAUAUGCAGCGAAAGAAUGAUAAACUCACCCUGAGGAUUCAAGCCUUGGAACAGACCAGUAUCGAGGGAAAUAGUCACAACUUGAGCUUCGAGUUCAGCAAACGGAAGCCGGCCCCACGAGUAUUCUGUGACAUCUGUGACGAGUUCGAUCAGCACGAAACUGAAGACUGUCCGAAGCAGUGCUCCGAUAGUCCACCGGAAUCGCUCAAACAUCCCUCGGGAGAAGCGAAGGAGCGGAAGGUUCCUCCGCCGAGGAAAUACUGCGAGGGCUGUGAAGUUUUCGGCCACGAGCUCGGUGAAUGUCCGGAUGACGAAACGUACUAAGAAAAGAAACAACCACCACCAAAAGAAGAGUUCCUCCAAUCCCUUUGCUCGAUUCGGGGGAACCAAAAACAAACCGAACUGGAAAAAAGAGGCAAACGGGAAGAAAUUGCUAUUUAAUUUGAGACCGGAUAAUGGCAGCUGGCUGACGGAAAUUUUCCGCCGUCUCUGUUUGGAAGGAGUGUACCCGAGCCGAGCCGAUAGCCGGAAAAUCGCGCAUGCUUUCCUCUGCCCUUGGAAACGCGAGAGGAAUGAAAAAAAAUGGGGGAAAAAGCUCUCAAAAUGUGGAAUGAAACGGAUGUUUAUGUUAAGAGACUUUGUCUUGUUAAUUCCUUGGGGCGAGAUAGGUUUAGAAAAAGGAGAAAAAGUGACUAGCGGCGGCAGCAGUUUGUGAGAAUUCCUCAAAGCGUCCUCGGUGACGCAACAGUUGUUUGUUAGCGAAAAUAAUGUUUCUGCAUGCAGAGAAAGCUGCUAAACAAUGUUCACUUAUUAGCUUUUGUAGUUUAGGGCAGCACGUUUGUUAAUAUUUUAUGUAAUCGCUGAUUUUCUGUAGCUUUUAAAAAACAGACUAUUUCAUUAUUUAUUUGUUUAGUUUUAGAUAAGUACUAUUAGAGAAACAAACAAAAUUAAAAAAAAAAUCUUUGAGUUUAAAAGUUAAGAUCAGGGUAUCAAAUUUCGAAGGUUUUUUCAAAAACUUUUAUGCAGACAUCCGUUUACCAAUUGAAAGACGACUAAAACUGUUAAAUCAAAACCCCACUUUUUACAGCUUAAUGUUAAGUCCGUUUAUUUGAUUCUUGAUAUAUAGCUACUAGAUAGGUAAAUUAAUAAAACAGAAGAAAAUCAUUUUUAAACUCAA